CGUACCUUUUAAGGUUUCAAUAUAUUCGUUUUAUUGUAUCUUUCAUUGUUAACUACGAAGCAGACUUAAGGAUAAAGUAAACUUUUGAUGAUACGUUUUCGUUUGAGUGUAUUGAUGAAGUAUUCCGUAAUGAACCACGUUGGAAAAUACGUUAUGCUAACGUUAGCCUAGCAUCAGGACGCUAACGCGAAAAUGUCAGGCGAACUGUAAUAUGGUUAUACUUCAUACCUUAUGCAACAAUUACAUUCAUGUUGAUGAGCUACUUUACAAACGGUUGAUCCUCUGGGAAAUGGAAAUGGGGAGAUGUUGGUGACCAAAUGUAUCUCGUGCAGCCCCACACACUUAGCUAGUUAAGCUAGGUUUCAGCUAGUCGGGGCUAACUUGAUAUCCAUUCAGUUUCAACCAACGAGGGAAGUUGGACGUUCACAGGAUGCCUGUUGUCUUUGUAAUUCAUUAUAAAAUGCAUAUACGGGUUUAGGUUGGACGAUCGUGCUUACAGAAACGCACAAUUUGACGCCCGAGGGCAUCGGUACCGACGGAAGGAAAACCGCGCCACUGGCCAUAAUGUAGUUCCAGGAAUGGAUCAGGAACCGUACUAAACCGUGUUUUUUUUUCUUUAUUCGAUUCAUUGCAGAUGUCAGCCGGACAUCGAGAUGAGUGACAACGUCAAGUUGUUUGUGGGGAACCUACCAUUAGACGCAACCCAUGACGAGCUGAACAAGUUAUUCUCUCCUCAUGGGGAGGUCAACACCUGCUCUCUCCUGAGGCAGUAUGCGUUCAUCACGUUGAAGGGCGAAGGCGCAGCGGACAGGGCCAUCCGGCACCUUGAUGGGAAAGAGUACAGAGGCAGGCCCCUGGUGGUGGAGGAGUCACGGGCACGCCCACCAAAUUCCACCAAGGUGUUUGUGGGGAACCUGAGCUCAACAUGCACCGCCGAUGACUUGCAUGGGCUGUUCCAGUCGUUUGGGAGGGUCCUGGACUGUGACAAAGUGAAAGCAAGGCUGUGUUCCAAUGCGGGCUAUGCGUUCGUUCACAUGGAGCGAAAGGAGGAGGCCUUGCUGGCCAUCGACGGGCUCAACGGGACCAUGUACAAGGGGCGGCAGCUCUCCGUGGAGCUCUCCAAGGCCCAGCCCCUGAUCAACCAGCUGGCCAAUCUGGAUGCAGCCAACUUGGCAGCGAGUAUGGCAGGAGGUGGUCCCAGAGAAGGCCUUCUCCCCAGACCGGCCUCUUCACUAGAGCAUCACCAGAGCCAGGCGGCUAUCUUGGCCGCUGCUGCAGCUGCCGCCGCUGGACUGCCUAUUCAGGUUCAGCAGAGUGUCCACAACUCGUUCUACAACACCACGUCGUUCGAUCCCACCUACACCGCCCUCAAGGGCCUCACCAGCGCCCGAUCGGCGGACGGGGUAAACCCUGCCAUAUACGGGGCCCUGGCCAGCCAGGUGUACGGCUCAGUGGCCGACCAGGUGUAUGAUGAUGUGGCCAAUCAUGACACCUCGGCGCUGGAGGCGGACAACCAGUCCAGCACCGAUCCUUCAGCGCUGUUUGAGGCGGCGAGAGCCAAGUUCUUCCAGCAGGGCCAGAAGGUCCUGGCGGAACAACAGGCCGGAAGGAAGUCUGGCACCAUGACGGCAAGCGACCGGGACCGUAGCCCGAUCCGAGGAAACCGAGCCCCGCUGCUGCCCGACCCGGUGCCGGGUUCCCUGGGGCAGGGCCGCUCCAAACGGCGCGCCCUCCUGCCCACGCCUCCCGGUGGGCCCGAGCUCCCCACCGACACCACCACGCCCGCGGCCGCAGAGGGGGCUGCGGACCCCAUCGCCAGGUGUUACGCAGAGUACUACCAGCAGAUGCAGCAGUACCAGCAGUAUCAGCAGUACCAACAGCAGUACCAGUACCUCCAGUACGCCUACACCAACCCUCCGCCGCCGCCCCCACCCCCGCCCCCAGCCCCUCCGGCUAGCGGCCAGGCCGCGGCGGGCUACCCCCAGGGCUCGGCCCCGGCCGGCGCUCCACCCGGCGCCGCCUACGGCGCGGCCACCACCUACGGCGCCCCGGUGAGCUACGACGCCGGCUCGGCGGGAUACGGGCCGCCCGGGACCUACGACGCGGCCGCGGCGGCUAGCGGCGGCUACGAGGCCUCGGCGGCCAGCUACGCAGCCACGGGGGCAUACGACGGUUACGGCGCGGGGGGAGCCUAUCCGGCGGCCGGGAACUACUCGGCAUCCAGACCGUAUGAGCAGACACCCGCACACGGGCAAACCCAGCGCCACGAUUACCCUUACCAUCACACGCCAGAGCCCCCUUACCGAUAACCUCCCCCCCCUACCCCCCCCCCCAUCCCCCUUUCUCUAAAACAUGGCAGGUGUGUGUGUGUGUGCGCGUGUGUGCUUGAGGAUCUGAAUGUGAAGAAGGGACAUUGGCAAGCAGAGGGUGAAGGAGAUGGACGUCUUUCUAGGCAGGAGGUGGUUUGAUGGCCCGGACCCUCACCCAUCCUUCAUGUCGUUAUCUCGUACUGGUGGAUGGUGUUGGAUGGUCUUGGCCAGUGUUGUGGGGCUGUGGUGUGUAAGGGUUGUAGUUGUCGUGCUGAUUUAAAUGGUUUCAGGAACCUACGACAUUUACAAGUCACUGUUGGCGGCAACGACACUAUUUGUAGAUGUUGGGAGUCCAACCUUAAUCUGCAUGUGGCAUCUCUUAAGUGCGAGCUCACACGGACAACCAGACAUUUGGGCCAGUUUUGUUUUGGGAUAGAGGUAAAACCAAUUGCUUACAAAUAUGAUUUUCCAGAUGUUAAGGCUGAUGACGACAUUGGCGGCAGGGAUAAGACCGCAUUAGCUAGGGAAAAACCGCAUGGAGGAAUGGUUUGGAGCGAGCUCCGCCUGCUUCAUUUUCCCCACCACAGGAGUGCCUUUCUACUGAUCUUAAUAUCAAGAGGAAAUGGGAAGUCUCAACCAAGUUGAGUUCUCUGUUGACUUACUAGCUAGGCUAGCAAGUUCUUUUUUAUUUUGUCAAGCUCGCAGAAUCAGAGGAGUUAUCUUUUGAAGCUUUCAGGUCACUAUUUCAUCCCACAUUUGUACUGCUCUGGGUAUCACAACGUUGUGUGAAAUACCCUGUUGGACCAAGCUUUCUAGAAGGUGAUCCUGAGUGGAGAGGCAUGUGUUGACACCUCGUUGUGAUCGCGGCCAUCCGAAUGCUUCUAAUGGUUCAUGUGGCCCACUAGCCUUCGUAUGGAGAUAAAACCUCUUGGAUGAGGAUUCCUUCAUUUAUAUUUUGUAUCCCCAUACUCUAUUCCAUUUUUAAAAUAGUCGUUGAACCUCAGAGGCUCUGCCUAGGAGUGUAGGUUUAACAAGCCAAUCAGAACACUCUGUUAACGUACACAGCUGUCCAUAUGGAGUUGUGUCCCAAAUUUCCUAUCAAGGCGAUAACUGAACAGAUGUUCAAGCCAUGGUUAAAUUGUAUGGUAAUUUUGGAAACUUUGAAACCAUUUAUUUAAAUUGAUUGAGAGGUAAUUUGUAGCAAUAUCAUCCCAGUAGUCGAGAAAGGAGUAUCUGCUUGAAUGCAACAACUUUGAAUUCAAUUGUUCAAAUCACAUCCAGGCCACAUCCAGAGGAUUGUUUCAUGAUAGAAAGAGAGGGUGAUCGUCAUUUUAUUGAUUGUAUUUUGGAAAUUAAAUGCUUUAAUUGGUUUUUGUGACUAAAAUUUUGAAUAUAACAUUUGUUACAACAUAGUACAAUUCUACUGUAAAUUAUUAUUAUCGGCAUAAUGGUGGAGAGCCAAGGUUGGCUUAGUAAUUAUUGUACUGGUCUGGUUUGCAGGUGUGAAGAUCUGUGUGAAUGUGUGACUCAACGCGUUUUUUUUAAUGUACAUUUUCCAUAGAAAGCAACUUUGAGGGACCAGUAAGGACGGGUGGAUGUCUGCCUUGGGGUGGGUUGACUUGUGGCUAGGGGAGCGUAGCACGGUGAGCUGGAGGCAUCAGGCACUAGUCGGGUCCAGGAGACGGUAAAUGGCCGUAUUGAAAGAUUGCCCACUUGUGGUCUAGAAGCAGCCGUUUGUAUGACUCCUCCUCCCACCGCCCCAUGUGUGAAAUGAGGAGAUGGCCACUAAAACCCAUACUGACAUUAUGUCUGCUCAUCCCUGACCAAGCGCCCCCCCACCCCAACAGCUUGACUAUCUUAGUAUUCCAAUAUAUACCCAGAGAAACACAGACCUCCCUUAACACACACACACACAAACACACACACAAACACACGCACGCACACACGGCCCACAUGGCUGUUUGAGUGAGUAGUGCUCUGCUAGGUUGUAUCACCUGUUGUUCCACGUGCUCCAUGUGAACAUUCACGUUGCAUGCCUUGUUGUUGCUGCUGCUGCUCCAGCCACCUUGUUCCUCUCGCUGAUUAUUGCAGCUAGAGUGGGGAGGCGGCCUAACUGAGCCCUAGCCAUGGACGCACGCCACACGCACCCUGUAGCGUGGGACGGGGGGAAACAGCAGCGUUGUAGGAACUGAAACUGCUUCUCUUAAGGUAAACACUCAGCCAACACACAGCCCCGCACACUCCCGCCGCCAGCUCCUGACGACGACCUCCUCCUCCGAAGACAAGGCAAGACAGCAAACACACACUCGCACAGUACACAGCCCAGAGCCACCGCGGUCCCAGAGCAGCCACGCUGUGUUCCAGGAACACAGCCCGCCCACCCACUCAUACUUACCUUUUAGGGAAGGUCAGCGUUUCCAGGGGUUUUUCAUUUAAAGCCUGAUUCUUCUCUCAUUAAUAUGGAUGUGAUCAUACAUUUUGGCACAAAAGACACGGGAAUAAAUACACACAUUACGAACACACGCACGGAUUGCCGAAUUAAGUUCUUUGGCCUAAAUUGGCGCCAAAGCACGGAAGUUGUUGCCAGCACAUCCUGAAUCUGAUUGGCUGUCACGGGAGCGCCAGCCAUUCACAGCCAGAGCAGCUGACAUGGUACAUGCAGCUGGGACGGAGUUGUUUUUAUAGCUUUUGUAUUUGUCUACCAUCUGGGUCAUUUUUUGGGGUUAAGUGCCUUGCACACUGGUUAACCCAACUCCCCAAUCUUCUAUUUUGAACUGGGUCAGGAUCGGUUGCUGGUUCAACACUCAAACGCCCUCCGUUCGGUUUUUUCGAUGCCACAUUAACCUUGUAUGAAUGACGAUGAAAACAGUUAUUAGUUUGGUUUGAAAUUUGGUUUUGUUCAAUGUUCUUUAAAAUGUUUAUGGUCAAUAAAUUACUUCAAUUGAAUCAUAGCAUUCCUGUGUUUGCUUUACAAAGAAAAUCCUAUACUCUUUCAUCUAACAUUUGGGUUAGAUGAAAUCAAUCCAUAGGAACUUAAGCAGGGGUUCUAAAUGUGAUUCGUUUUUACUUAAAGGUGCCAUGAAAUGAAAAUCUUCCUUUUAUGAGGUCCUCUAACAUAGAUAUGAGUUCCCCUAGCCUGCCUAUGGUCCCCCAGUGGCUAAAACUUGUGUUCGGUGUAAAACGAGCACUAGGUGUUCUGCUCGCCUUUUGAAAAAACGGAGGCUGAAGCGCGCUGAUUUGGAUGUGGAUAUGUCGUCACACAGCAUCUAAGCUCCUCCCCUUACUCUGCCUGGCCCGCCAAGAGAAUUUGGCCCGCCAAUGAGACAUGACCGUGCGAGUGCCACGCGUGUGUGUCUGAAUACACACUAACGCAAGUGUUUCUUGUCGGUUCUUUGACGUCUCUUGUAUUUCCACAACGAGACUGUAGUGGGGGUUAUCUCAUCCAUGGUUGAGAAGGAAUUGGGGGGGGGAAAGGAACUUUGGCUUUGACUCCCUGAAGUACAUGAACUGCGACAUGCCGCCGGUUGCCGCGAAUCAACACAUCACGGCAGCGGGUAGCCGGCAGCAGGCAGCGCGAGGUUCAGUCUACUUCAGAUUGAUGUGAAAGGUGAAGAACCAGGGAUGUCGGUAAACCCGACGAUGUCGUUUGUGAUUCAUAAUAUCGUCUGGAGGCGCACACAGCUUUUCGCCGUGAUAAUAUGUAUUAUAUGAUAUAGAUAUCUAUGUAUUAUAUGAUAUUAUUUAGAUAUAGAGCUCCAGGACUGUAACGCAAGUGUUGUACAUUUCCUUGUUAUUUGGAUAACCGUUCUGCUUUUGGUGUUAUGGCGCAUAACACGUCGGACUCUCGUCUCUGGUAUUUCUACAACGAGACUCGUAGUGGGGGUUAUCUCAGCCAUAGUUGAGAAUGAUUUUGGGGGAAAGGAACUUUGGCUUUGACUCCCUCAAGAACAUGAUCCACGAAAUGGAGGAGAAAGGUAUUGUUGGCCGUGAAUGUCUCCCGCUUGAGCCCCGCUUCCCGCUGCCGAGGGACCACCGCCUCGGCGCUGUAGGAGGCGGAGGUGCCUAAGCGCUGACCGGCCACAAUCCCUUUCUCCUCCAUGUCGCGGUGCAGUCUCCUUCAGAUUGAUGUGGACGUGGAAGAACCAGGAACGUCAGAGAACCCAACACGGUCGUUUGAGAUUCAUAAUAUCGGCUCACACAGCUUUUGGCUGUGAUAAUAUAUAUUAUAUGAUAUAGAUAUCUAUGUAUAUGAUAUUAUUUAAAUAUAGAGCUCCAGGACUCCCCUGUGCUCUAGCAUAUUUACAGAACAGGGCUAAAGGCUGUGUGCGCCUCGCCAUUGCGAUACAUCCACUGUAAACAGUGCAUGGUACAGUGGCUGCAAGCUGCUCAGGGCCACACCCCCACCCGCCUCGCUCCUCAUUUGCAUUAUAGCUAGACACCAAAACAGCGCAUUUGGGGGAAGCUCAAUGUGCGACUGGCUCGAAGUAGCUGUAACUGCACCACGGCUGAAUUUCGGGAACGUCUUUGAAUACUGUGUUAGUGGCCCACUAAUACCUAUAUUAAAGCAUCCAUAAAAUAGCAUGUCAUGGCACCUUUAAUCUUUAAACAAUAUGUAUUUUGGCAACAGUUGUUUUUCUUCUAAAAUGUACCCUGCCUAUUUAAAAUGAGAAAAUAUAGAUAACGUUUAUGACUGAUGAGAAGGGAAUGUAGCCUAUACUUGCCCUUGCCCCAAAACAAAGUUAAUUAUUUGAAUGGGAUGAUUCACUCUUUGAUUGGGAUGAUUCACUCUAUCAUGUACUGGCUGACAGAUGCCCUCAUCUAUUAAUUUAUCUAUUGUUGCAGGAGAAUUUAAAGCGCCCCUAUUUUCCCAGCAGGUGUGAGUAUGAUUAGCCUUUUAAAGCCAUUUCUAAAUCCAUCUUGUGUCAUGGCUUGUACUGGUUAAUCCCACUCACCUGGUGGUUAAAUAGUAAACCACCUGUUUAAAAUAGAUUGGAUUAAAGUAAACAAGAGUUUUGGGAAGGAUUUGUUUUUACCCAUUUGGUAACGUUUUUCGGUCAGUCUGUCUUUGAGUGUUAUAAUUAGCGAUAUUGUAUAUGAAAAUGGCCACACACUGACGUACUAGGUGUUUGAGAAGCUUAAAGGAGACAUUAUACCACCAGGUGAGUGGGAUUAGCCUUACAAGCCGUUUCGAAAAUCUGCCUCAUAUGAC